AUGACGUCUCGGCGGGGUAACUCUCUAGAAGUUUCAAACAAUGAGUCAGACACUGCAGGUCCAAAGACUUUUCGCGCACGUCAUUCCCAAUAUUUUGAACCAAUUCCCAGUGAAAUUGACGGGGAAGAAUUGUCAAUAACAGCCAAUGUCCAGAAUGCUGAGCCAGAGAAGAGGACAAUUGUCAACAACUCAACUUUGACUUACUUAAGAAGCUCUACAAGUACAAAGAUGAUACCAGCUAUAUACAUCAUAGUCAUACUCAUUGGUAUUCCUGCCAACGCAGUGGUUUUACAGAUGUUGUUUUCAAAGGCCAGAACUGUGUGCACGGCAAUAUUUUACACUAACCUGGCCAUUUCCGACUUACUCUUCUGCCUUAUGCUGCCCUUCAAAGCAGCAUAUCAUCUGGAUGGGAACAACUGGAUAUUCGGUGAGACAAUGUGCCGUAUUGUGAGUACAUGCUUCUAUGGGAAUAUGUAUUGCUCAGUUCUGCUUCUCAUGUGCAUUAGUGUGAGCCGCUAUGUUGCCAUUGUCCACCCCUUCAUUUACCGGCGUUUACCAAAGCGGACUUGUGCUGUUCUCCUGUGUUGCUUCGUAUGGAUUACUGUCCUCGUGCUCAUGAUACCAUUCUUCACAAAGCAGCAGACGUAUAACCUGAAGGAACUUCAACUUAUAUCGUGCAGUGACGUAUAUGAAACCUCUGCCGAUGUGUUUCAGUUUUAUUAUUUUAUAUCACUUCCUGUGUUUGGGUAUCUCAUGCCUUUCGCUGUGAUAAUAUUCUGCUACUUUUCCAUUAUAAGAACUCUGGGAACCCAAGACCAGAAACGAUUCAUGUACCUUAAAAUAACCAUCCUGCUUCUGCUCAUAUUUGCCUUGUGCUUUACACCGAGUAAUAUCAUUCUCAUCCUUCACCAAGUCAAUUAUCAUUACAAUAACAAGGAUGAACUUUAUGGCAGCUAUCUCAUAGCCUUGUGUUUCAGUAGCCUGAACAGCUGCCUAGAUCCCUUUCUGUAUUUUCUUAUGUCUGAAAUAACAAAACGAUCUAAAAAAAACUAUUCUGAAAUGAAUAAGGUUUCUAAUGAAACACACAAGAAACUUCUGGCAUCGUAACGAAUAAGUCAGCUUGUCUGUUACUCUUGGUGUAACUGCACCAUCUAUUGAUCAUAUUGACUUAUAACUAGUACAAUACACCUUACAGAACAUGUAA